AUGUCUGCUAACUUCGUUGAAUCUACUCAUGGUAAAAGACAACUAAAUCAUCUUGGCUAUCGAUACUGUUUUAAACGUAAAAAUCAAAGUUCGGAAUAUUGGGUAUGUGUGCAAUGCAAAGCAACAGCAACAACGUAUCUAGAUUUGUCGGUCGUCGUACGUGAUGAUCACACGCAUUUACCAGAUGAUACUUGUGCAAAAAUAUUGGAAAUUAGAAAAUCGUUACAACAUAAAAGUACUGCAGAGGCAGGUCUAAUUGACCGUAUAGUUGAAGAAGCGUAUAAUAAAGCCAAUCGUCAGUCUUCAUGCACUGAUUUACUUAUUAACUUACCACCACUGUAUAAAUGA